AUGUGGUUGUAUCGGGGCGCUCAGUCGGCCGUUUUCUACUAUGCCACCUGCACACCCUGUGCCGAGUCGUCCUACCGUCGGAAUCGAAUGAAAGAAGCCGCCCGGUCGAAGCGCGAACAAGAGAAAGUCGAUACCAUCGUCACCGACCAACCGAAACCCUUCAGACAACCCACCCCGUUCAGUACGAACCCAGCAUGGGCCGAGGAGAUCGCUCUAGGCCCCGGUCCGCCUGCGCGUAGAGGUGGUCGAACCCAUCGUCGAAAGGAAUCAUGGAAUACAGAUGCGGUAUCGGCGGAGUCACUCCAUGAUUCGGGUAAUACAACAUCCAGAAAAGACAAACUUAAGAACCCAUUGGGCGAACGUUGGAGUCGCAUGCGGUAUCAGCGGGAAGACGAGCCGUUAUGGGGUCAAGAUGUGGAAGUGAAGGGCUCAUCCGUGGGUUUGUCUGGUGGAGGGCGCCCGGAUGAGGCCUCUAACAGCAAAUAUUAUAUCGCUCGAGUACCCCCGGUCAAUGAUCUGCAUCCCCCGAUCGUUAGUGGGCCCAAGAGCCGGGCGGAGACGCGGUGGAUGUUGCAGCCCCCACCCAGUGCCAGGGUUAUGGCCGGCAAGGAGCGCAUCGGUGACUCCGCGUCCAAGAACAACAACAAGUCGCCCGAUGUGAAAACAGAUCAAAAGCAACCGGUUGCGACAGCAUCAGCGCAGCCCCCGAUCAAAAAACAACCGAUCGAGAGAAGUGCCUCCCGAGCUAGAACGUCAGUGAUGGCACCCGAUGGAUGGUACGAUCCGAGAGCCGACGGGUUGGAGGAAGAUGGCGACGACGAGUUACCUCAGCACGGACGUGACGAGUCUCGCUGGGUUAUCACGCCUUCGCUACACUCUCGCUUCGAAUCGUGCUCAUCGCUCUCGUCCGAUGCGGACUCCGAGGCGGAGUCCCCGCGGGUGUCUCUGCAAUCGCCGCAAACGCCGACCUCGCGGCCCGGUUCCAAGGCGACUCAAGAUAGCGGUAAACACUUCCCAACGAUCGCCAAGACCAUGUCCACUCUGCACCCGCAGCACCACGAGGGCAACAACAAAGUUGAGAUGCUGCAUCUGGAAAUCAACGACUCGCCUGAAGAUAUCGCCUUAGGCCAGCUCGAGCGCCUGCGGCCUUGGCGUUGGAGUAUGGAUAUCUGA